AUCCAAAAACUCAACUUGUAAACGCUGACAAUAAUCAAAAUGCUUAUGACAUUUACUGUCCACAACCUUCUUGCAAUUGUCUUCUUUUGAGAACAAGUUUUGGAAAGUUUGUUGAGAAACCUAAAGAUAAAACGGUACUGCUUCCUAGCACAGAAAAGCUAGAUCAAAAUGGUACUACUAUUAGCAAAGAAAAUAUAACUUUGAAUAGUACAAAUGGUGAAUCAACCUCACAAUCGAUUGUAGAGUACUGGCAAUUAACAGAUAUGAUGGCAUUUGAAAAUAUUGGGUUUUCAAAAACUGUCGAGGAAAGUGGAUUAAAAUAUUUAUGUUGUGCAGAUUGUAAUAUUGGUCCAAUUGGUUAUCAUGAUACAAACGCUCAAGAAAAAGAAUUUUUGCUCGUUGUUAAUAGAGUUAGUUAUGAUGUUGGUUCUCUAAUUUCUGAAGAAAUUGUUUAG